AUGGUUCACCAAGAUAAGAAACUGAAGCAAUCCAACUCUUUGGAACAGCUAAAGGCCACAGGCACCACGGUGGUGUCUGACACGGGUGAUUUCGAAUCGAUCGCCAAGUACACACCCCAGGACGCAACCACAAACCCUUCGUUGAUCCUAGCGGCGGCCCAAAAGGAAGCGUACGCCAAGCUGAUCGACAACGCGGUUCUCUACGGUAAGAAGAGCGGCAAAACGCUCGCUGAGCAGACGGAACAGGCCGUCGACAUGCUGCUGGUGGAAUUCGGUAAGGCUAUUCUGCAGAUCGUGCCAGGCCGUGUGUCCACCGAGGUGGACGCUCGUUUGUCGUUCGACAAGGAAGCCACCGUCGCCAAGGCGCUACACAUCAUCAAGUUGUACGACUCGUUCGGCAUCAGCAAAGAGCGUGUGCUCAUCAAGAUCGCUUCCACCUGGGAAGGUAUCCAGGCUGCCAAGGAACUGGAAGAGCAACACGGAAUCCACGUCAACCUAACAUUGUUGUUUUCGUUCUCGCAGGCCGUCGCCGCCGCCGAGGCCAACGUUACGUUGAUCUCGCCAUUUGUCGGCAGAAUCCUUGACUGGUACAAGGCUAACAAGAAGCAGGAGUACACUGCUGAGACCGACCCAGGUGUGGUUUCCGUCAAGAAGAUCUACAACUACUACAAGAAGCACGGCUACAACACCAUCGUCAUGGGUGCCAGUUUCAGAAACAUCGGCGAAAUCCGUGCGCUUGCCGGUGUCGACUUUUUGACCAUCUCUCCAGGCCUACUAGACCAACUCCUCAACUCCGAGGAACCAUUGCCACAAGUCUUGGACCCAGUGUCUGCUAAGGCCCAAGGUGAUGAAAAGGUCUCCUUUAUCAACGACGAAGCUGCUUUCAGAUUCGAUCUGAAUGAAGAUGCUAUGGCUACUGAAAAGUUGUCUGAAGGUAUCAGAAAGUUCUCUGCUGACAUCGUCACCUUGUUCGAUUUGAUCGAAACCAGAAUCCAACAAGUUUAG